AUGUAUGCCGAGCCAUUUGAUUACAUCGACAGCCAAAUGAUGGCGUGCUCACUUGGCGAUUGGGAGAUUUACCUUCGGAAAUGUUCUCGCAAUCUGAAUCGUGGCGGCUACCUGGAAUGGAACGAGUCCGACAUCAUUCCUACAUCCGACGACAGGACAUUGGCGGAAGGUUCCUCAAUGCUCCAGUCAUCUGGGAUGAUCAAAGAAGCAGCCGAAAUAUUCGGCCGGACAUUCCGGGAGGUCGUGGGCUUGGCAGAUCUGAUGAUUGGCAUCAGCUUCAAAGAAUUAUAUAUCAGACGUUUCAGAUGGCCAGUCAACAAAUGGCCCUGA